AUGCGACCAAUCAGGCGAGCGAUUGUAAUUGGAAACGGUAUGGCAGGUGCAGAGAAUCAGUGCAUCGGUUUGGUUCGUGCUCUGGGUCUCUCUCAUCGACAAACUCUAUAUCGUGUUACUAGACCAAGAGGAGGAAUCAACGAGUGUUUUAGUUGGCUGCCAGUUUCUCUCCACCAAAACUUAGGCCUUGUCAUAAAGCGAAUUUGUGGAGAUUCACAACUCCAAAUUACUAUCAAUAGAAAAAAGUUGUUGCCUCUUCCUGCUGAAAUUAAAGCUGUUCUACCAGAUAUAAUAGAAGCUGAUGCAAAGAAAAUUGCAACAAUGGCUUGUCAAACGUUUGAAAGGGAUGGCCCAUUAUUGGUGGUUGCAUCUGGCCGAGACACUAUUUCGGUUGCAAGUUCCAUUAAAUGGUUAGCUCCAGAAAAUGUUUUUCUUGUUCAGAUACAACAUCCCCGAUCACAUUUGAAUAGGUUUGAUCUGGUUAUAACUCCACGCCAUGAUUAUUACCCAUUGACUCCUCAAGCACAAGAGCAGAUUCCUUGGUUCCUCCGUAGAUGGAUAACUCCUCGUGAGCCUCCUGACAGACAUGUUGUCCUCACUGUGGGAGCUCUUCACAAGGUUGAUUCUAUUGCACUAAAUAAUGCUGCUUCUACCUGGCAUGAUGAGUUGGCACCACUUCCAAAACCGUUGCUUGUGGUCAACAUAGGAGGGCCUACAAGCCAUUGUAGAUAUGGUGCAGACCUUGCAAAGCAGUUAACAACCUCCCUGCAGGAUGUUCUUUCAAGUUGUGGGAGCAUCAGAAUAUCUUUCUCUCGGAGAACUCCGAGGAAGGUAUCUGACAUAUUAAUGACAAAAUUUAGCAAACAUCCUAAGGUUUACAUCUGGAAUGGCAAAGAUCCAAAUCCGCACAUGGGACAUCUGGCUUGGGCUGACGUUUUUGUCAUCACAGCUGAUUCAGUUAGUAUGUUGAGUGAGGCUUGCAGCACUGGGAAGCCUGUGUAUGUUAUUGGAGCUGAGCGCUGUACAUGGAAGUUUUCAGACUUCCAUAAAUCUCUGCAGGAACGCGGAGUGGUUCGACCUUUCACUGGUAACGAAAAUGUGAGUGCCUCAUUGUUGUCAUUGUCGCUAGUUAUUGAUGAAAAAUUCCCAAAAGAAUGUUUUCGCCAAUAUGUGAUACCAUGCUGCUUGUUUCUAAACUCAAGAAAGAGGAAAAAAGGCCCAUCUAAACUCUCUGUCCCAAAACCUGUGUUUGUUUUGCUUUGA